CUUCACAUAGAUGGGACUGACCAUUAAUCAAAUAAGAACUGUCUUAUAAAUUAGGGUUAUUUUAGAUGACACCUAGCUAACUAUAGCUACUGAAACAGAUUGUUGUUUUUGCUAUGUUUUUGGGGAUGAACAUUGUUUGCAUCCAUGAGCUAGCUAGCUCUUUUUAUGACUGUAGGUGCUCGAUUCAACUUUAGCAUACGUAUCGAUGAAUUUCUGUGACAUAUUAAAUACCAGUGAUAGUGUAAUCAAUGUGUAAUAACUACGUAAAAAAAGUCCAGGUCCUGGGUGGUCAACAAGCUUAUUUGACACGUCAAAUAGUGUUAUUUGACACAUCAAAUAGUGUUAUUUGACUUGUAUAUUUUUUUGACACGCAAAGACCCAAAACGGCUUUCCAUAAUGUGGCCCUUUAACGACGCUGUUCACGUGGAACGCUCGCUGGGUUGGUUCUGUCCCGCGUGGCAAAUUGAUAGAACGAACCAGACUGGGACUCGAAACCCAACCGUCGCCUAUUUGGGUUCCUAUAAAUCGACGGAGAAGAUUUAUCCAUAAAUAUGUUUGAUACGCUAGCUAUCAAAGUUGCUUACUAGCUAGAGAUAAUUUGUUGACAUAUGAGUCGAGUUAGCGAACUGUCUAUAAUUGACCAUUCAGAGCGCUCUCCCAGUUUAUCCCUGUCAAAGGGUCAUAUUUUAGCGUGACAGUUUGCGCAUAAUUUUGAAUAAUAACAUAAAAUCUCAGAAGCACUGAGAUUUGGGAAGAGCCAAGAUGUCUGGGGAACUAGAGCAGAUUCUCUUACAGCUCACGCAGCCUGACAAUGCGAUUAUUCAGCAGGCCACCGCCCAGCUGAAGCUGGCUUUUAAAGACCCAGCCAUCAUCCCAGCGUUGUGUGCUGUCAUGACUGGGUCCCAGGACUCGCAGAUCCGCCAGUCAGCUGCAGUAAUGUUGCGGAUGAGAGUGAAGAAGCACUGGAAGAAGAUUAGCCCUGAUCACAGAGAGAGUUUGAAAGCAGUGGUCCUGCAAGCCUUCCAGCAGGAGACAGAACACACAGUGCGCCACUCUCUCUCGCAGCUCAGCGCAGUGAUGGUCAAACACGAGACCCCAGACCGCUGGCCUGCUCUAUUCACACUCCUCAACCAGUCGACCAAGAGCAACAACCCAAUGGACAGACAGAAUAUGCAUCGAUCAAAAUGUCUCCCUCAGGUGGGUCUACUCUUGCUCAGCAAAGUGGUGGAGUCCAAUCCAGAGCCCUUCAAGCCCCACUAUCGCCAACUGCUGCAGCUGUUUGGCACCGUGCUGCAAGACCUGGACAACCCCACAGCCAUGUACUACAGCAUCCUCACCCUCACCUCUAUGACUGCCUACACUGGCACAGAAGAGAUGAACCUAAUGCGCUCCCUCAUCCCAACACUGAUAAUUGCUCUCAGAAACCUCAUCAAGGCAGACCAGGAUCAGGCCAGUGAGGCCAUGGAGGUGUUCGAUGAGCUGAUGGAGAGUGAAGUGUCCAUCAUGGUCCCACACAUUGCUGAAAUUGUCCACUUCUGCUUGGAGGUCAGUGCAGACACCACUCUGACUGACUCCCUGCGUGUGAAGGCUCUGUCCUGCAUUGCUUUUCUCAUUCGUCUCAAGAGCAAGACAGUGUUAAAGCAGAUGCUGCUCAAUCCCAUCCUGCAGACGGUGUUCCCCGUGCUUAGUGCAGCGCCACCACCUGGGGAGGAGGACCCUGAGGACGAAGAGAACAGCAACGAGGACGACACAGACAACGAGAGUCCCAAACACUUUGCUGCUCAGGUUAUUGACACCAUGGCUCUUCACAUGCCCCCUGAGAAACUAUUCCACCAACUGAUGCCACUGACUCAAGCGUGUCUGGCCAGUGAGAACCCCUAUGAGAGGAAAGCUGGCCUGAUGUGUCUGGCAGUGCUGGCCGAGGGCUGUGCCGACCACAUACGGACCAAGAUGCUCUCGUCAAUGUUGCAGACGGUGUGCCAGAGUCUGUCAGACAGUAACCAAGUGGUCCGCAGCGCCGGCCUCUUUGCCCUGGGACAGUUUUCUGAGCACCUGCAGCCCGAGGUCAGUAAGUACUGUGCUGAGCUGAUGCCACUGUUGCUGGGCUACAUGUCUGCUCUGAACCAGGCCAAGAUCGGACACGUCACCAAGGCCUUCUACGCCCUGGAGAACUUCCUGGAAAAUCUGGGUUCAGAGAUUGAGCCCUACCUGCCCACCCUGAUGGAGACAAUGUUGUCUGCCCUCAGCAACGCAGAGAACCUGAAGCUCAAAGAGCUGGCUGUCAGUGCUAUAGGAGCUAUAGCCAAUGCAGCCAAAGAGAAGCUAGUUCCUUACUUCCUGCCUGUCAUUGAGAGUCUGAAGGGCUUCCUCACUGACACCAGGGAUGAGAUGAGGUCUCUGCAGACACAGGCUCUGGAUACUCUGUCAGUGCUGGCCCGCACCAUAGGUAAGGAGGUGUUCAGCCCCCUGGCUGCAGAGUGUGUUCAGCUGGGACUCAAUCUCACCAACGCCAUCGACGACCCCGACCUGCGCCGCUGCACGUACAGCCUGUUUUCGGCCGUGUCCACAGUGAGUCCAGACUGUCUGAACCCACACCUCACUGCCAUCACCACCAUCAUGCUUCUGUCUCUCAAGUCCACAGAGGGAGUCACGGCUCACCUUGAGGAAGACAAGACGUUUGUCCUGCUGGAUGACGAUGAUGAUGACGAGGCUCAGGGAGACACCAUUUUGGAUGAGGAGGGGACGGACACCGUGGACCCAGACAUCGCCGGGUUCAGUGUAGAGAACGCCUACAUUGAUGAGAAGGAGGACACAUGUGACGCCCUGGGAGAGAUUGCCUUCAACACCGGUGCUGCCUUCCAGCCCUUCCUGGAGUCCAGCUUUCAGCAGAUCUAUGAGCUGCGUGAUUUUCCCCACGAGGAUGUGCGCAGGGCUGCCUUCGUGGCCAUGGGCCAGUUCUGCCGAGCUCAGCACAAAGUGUGGCAGGAGAAUCCCACUGAGGCCGACCACCAGGCCCUGCAGAAGCUGCUGGGGGUGGUGCUGCCAAGCUUCCUGGAGGCGGUCCAUAGUGAGCGUGAGCGCCAAGUGGUGAUGGGCGUGCUGGAGGCCAUGAACGCUGUGCUGAAGGCCUGCCAGGGGGAGGCGCUGCAGAGCCCCGGGCGCCUGCAGGAGAUCAGCCAGGCCAUCCGAGACGUGCUCAAGAAGAGGACUGUCUGUCAGGACGGAGGAGGAGACGAGGCAGAUGAUGACGAGCAGCAGGCGGAGUAUGAUGCCAUGCUGCAGGAGUUUGCCGGCGAGGGGAUCCCCCUGCUAGCCUCUGCCGUCCCAGCGGAGACCUUCCAGCCUUAUCUCAACGAGCUGCUGCCGCUCAUCAUGAACAAGGCUAAGUUGUCGUACACAGUGGCUGACCGUUCGUUCUCCGUGGGUACGCUCGGAGAGAUCCUGCAAUCCCUCGUCAACGUGUCUGGGGGCAGGGCCUGUGCCGGCAAACUGUCCAAUCAGCUGCUGCCUGUCCUGGUGGCUGGGGUGAGAGACAGCGACAGUGAGGUUCGCAACAACAGCGUGUUUGCACUGGGAGCACUGGCCCAGGCUGCUGGACCCCUCGUCGCACAAGACUACCCCAUGAUGCUGUCCCUCUUCUCCAACCUGCUGUCUAAAGAACAGGACAGGAGGGUGAUUGACAACCUGUGUGCUGCCCUCUGCAGGAUGAUCAUGAGCAAUAUGGAGGGUGUCCCUCUGGAACAGGUGUUUCCUGCCCUCCUGGCUCGCCUCCCUCUGAAGGAGGACAUGGAGGAGAAUAAGACUGUGUACAGCUGCUUGGCCAUGCUCUACUCUCAGAACCCUGCACUGGUCCUGAGUCAAAUUAAGCCAAUAGUAUCUGCUUCCAGCCACGUCCUGGGAACCAAGGAUCUUGACACAGAAACCCAGAACACCCUGGUCAUGCUGCUCCAAGACGUCGCUCAGCGUCACUCCCAGGAAUUUGAGGUCGCCAUGAAGUCACUUCCUGCUGAGCAGAAGAUGAAGCUGACAGGGGCCGUUAGCCAAUCCUAGCACACCACGUCAACCAGCUAUUCCAUGCCAGUCAAAGCCAGCAAAAUGUAGGAUUUGUGUUACUACAGAUGACAAGUGGGACAGUAGUUGGAACACAUUAAAAUUGGUUAAACCUUAAAACUCCUGCACUUGAACCAUUCUACUAUUAGUGUUCUAUCAUUAUUCAGAGGUUCUGUUCCUAGUUCUCACUUUUUAAUUUAUAUUAUCUGUGCUUUUUAGAAGUUAUUACAUUUUUUGUGUUACUAGUAUGUUUUUGUUUAUUUUUAAUCUGAUACUGGUUUAACCUUGUUGUAACUGAGAACCUCCAUCUAUUUGCUGCUGUCCCCCUUUUACCACACAUUUGAUCAACUGGCUUGACUAGUAUUGAGUGUGAAGCAAUGAACUGAACUCAUGAUAAAUGCCCUUUUCUCAGA